AAAAGAUACGAGAAGACCAGAGAGAACAUAUGUUUGCGUUGCCUCAGUGUUAACUUUUUCUAAUGGCACCAGAAACUUAAAGUCCUUCAGUAAUGGAAUGGACUUGAUGGAGAAUUGUUAUGAACCAAUUGAAGCAAAUUCAUGCUUAUAGCCUCAGAAACGGCCUAGAUCACACAAAGUUCCUCAUUGAAAAGCUUCUGCAGUUACCAGAUCUUCCGUAUGCUUGCACCCUGUUUGACCAAAUUCCUAAGCCAUCUGUUUAUCUCUACAACAAGUUCAUUCAAACAUUUUCUUCAAUUGGUCACCCCCACCGAUGCUGGUUGCUUUACUGUCAGAUGUGUUCCCAAGGUCUGCACGCCAACUGUUUGAUGAAAUGUGUCGAGAUAUACCACCUGGAAUUCGUUGAUUGCGGGUUAUGCAAGGUCCGGCAUAUGGAGGCUGCGUUAGAAUUGUUCAACAAAAUGCCGGUGAGAAAUGUGAUUUCCUGGACAGCUUUGAUAUCUGGGUAUGCACAAAAUGGGAAGUAUGCGAAGGCCUUGGAGAUGUUUAUAGGAUUGGAAAAUGAGAAAGGCACUAAGCCAAAUGAGGUGUCCAUAGCAAGUGUUCUUCCUGCCUGUUCUCAGCUUGGGGCAUUGGAUAUUGGGAAGAGGAUUGAAGCAUAUGCAAGAAAUAAUGGAUUUUUCAAAAACGCAUAUGUGAGCAAUGCGGUGCUGGAAUUGCAUGCUAGGUGUGGGAACAUCGAGGAAGCGCAGCAAGUUUUUGAUGAGAUUGGAAGCAAAAGAAAUUUGUGCUCGUGGAAUACCAUGAUAAUGGGAUUGGCUGUGCAUGGAAGAUGUAUUGAUGCUCUUCAGCUUUAUGAUCAAAUGUUGAUACGGAAAAUGAGACCGGACGACGUGACAUUUGUAGGGCUUCUCUUGGCUUGCACACACGGAGGCAUGGUUGCAGAAGGCCGACAACUCUUUGAAUCAAUGGAGAGUAAGUUUCAAGUUGCUCCCAAAUUAGAGCACUAUGGCUGCUUGGUAGAUUUAUUAGGGAGAGCUGGAGAGCUGCAGGAAGCUUACAAUCUCAUUCAAAACAUGCCAAUGGCUCCUGACUCUGUUAUAUGGGGAACGCUUUUGGGAGCUUGUAGCUUCCAUGGAAAUGUUGAAUUGGGUGAAGUAGCAGCUGAGUCCCUCUUCAAGCUUGAGCCAUGGAACCCUGGAAAUUAUGUCAUUCUUUCUAACAUUUACGCGUUGGCAGGUGAUUGGUCUGGAGUUGCAAGAUUAAGGAAGAUGAUGAAAGGAGGACAUAUUACAAAGAGAGCAGGAUAUAGUUAUAUUGAAGUGGGAGAUGGGAUUCAUGAGUUCAUUGUAGAAGAUAGAUCACAUUUGAAGAGUGGUGAAAUAUAUGCUUUACUUCAUAAAAUUUAUGACAUUAUUAAACUUCAUAAGCAUGUACAUCAUGAUCCAAACGAAGAUGAAGAACUACUCUAUUCUUCGUAAUUAUUUUACGGUUUGAUUGAAUCGUUAUAUUGCUUCAUGAUUAUUAUAUUAGAUAUAUGAGAUUUAAAGAACUAGGAAUUAAUGUCUAGAAUAGUUCAUUAGGGAAUAGCAAAAUUGUAUGUAGUUGAAUUUUGCACUUAGUCGGUUUUUGUCCUAAAGUUUAAAUACUUUUAUACCUAUGAAUUCAUUCAAAAUGAUAAUUUUUUUUAUCA